UAGCGGCCGCCGAUGAUAGCGUUCCCACCGGGAGUGCGCACCCACAGGAUCUGCUGGUUGCCAUGCACGUGUACUACAGGACUGGGGUCGUCGUUCAUGCCUGCUUAGCUGACCAGAAAUGCGGGCGAGACAACGAGAGUGAGCAGCGCAAGUUCAGCCUGGACCCACAGAUUACCUCUUUCGAGGUGCUGCAAAGCCUCCUGGCCAGGGCAUUUGACAUCCGAGGGGAGUUCACAGUGAGCUAUUUGGCACGUGAUGAUGAAGGAGGUGACACAUACCUUGGCCUGCUCUCUGACUGGGACCUGGACGCUGCCUUUCUGAGCUCCUCCGAGCCUUGCCUAAAACUGCGUGUCGAGCCCAAGCCAUAUGACAAGAGCCUUGCAGAAUGGGACGUGGUCACUCCAAGCGACAUGGCCAAGGCACCAUCAAAGCCGUCGCUUACCGGCACUUUCCUCAGCCAGAUGGAGAAGACGCUGAGUCGGUUUCAGAAGACACUUAACUUGGCUGCCUCGCAAGAGUCUGACAACUGCGUCGCCCCGCUCGGAGACCGAGAGUUCCGAAGCUACUUGGACGGUGAGGGACGGCUACUGAAGCCGCGCGAACUGCGGCUAGCUGUCUACAAGGGCGGAGUUGAGUCAUCACUUCGAAAGGUGGUCUGGAAGCACAUUCUUAAUGUGUACCCAGAUGGGCUGACGGGUCGAGAGCGGCUAGCAUACAUGCGCCGCAAGAGCGACCAGUACUUACAGCUGCGCGCUGCUUGGAAGGCGCUGCUGGACAACCCGGAUUACAGUGGUGACAUCCAGCUGGUAACCAACAUGGUGCGCAAGGACGUUCUUCGCACUGACCGCACGAACCCAUUCUAUGCGGGUGGGGAUGACAAUGCCAAUGUAGUCUCACUCUUCAACUUGCUGACUACAUUUGCACUGAACCACCCGACGCUCUCGUACUGUCAAGGGAUGAGUGACUUGGCAUCCCCUUUGUUGGUGGUGAUGCGCGAUGAACCGCACGCCUAUGUGUGCUUCUGUGCACUGAUGCGGCGCUUGGCACCUAAUUUCAACCUGAAUGGAGAAGCCAUGACGCUCAAGUUCCAGCAUUUGUCUGACCUCGUAGAGCACUUUGACCCACUCUUCUUCAGGUACCUCAAGGAGCAUGGUGCCCAGGAUCUGCUCUUCUGCUACCGCUGGCUUUUACUGGAGCUGAAGCGGGAGUUUGCCUUCGACGAUGCGCUGCACAUGCUCGAGGUGCUGUGGAGCUCCCUGCCACCAUCGCCUCCACAGGCCGAGUUGCCAUUGUGCGAACAGCCUUAUCAAAUGAACCCACCACCACCACGUUCCUCAACCAACCCAUACUGCAAAGUGCGUGCAAUUCGACGCCCCAUGGUGCGUGAAGGGUCAAGCAGUGACGAGGACGAGGCUUGUGAACGUGACUUGGGCUGGUGCAAUGGUGACUCUGAAGACAAGCCUUCGAAUCACACAAGUGAAGGCUACGUGUCUGAGGGUGCAUCAUCUCGGGAGGCCUCAACGGAGGACUCACUGCCACCGUGGACUGCUAAAACCAAGAUGCUGCCACGGCCGCAAGAACUUGGUGGCGGAAACCCCUUCAUGAUGUUUUUAUGCCUGACAUUGCUUAUGCAGCACCGUGACAUAAUCAUGCGCAAUACCAUGGACUACAAUGAGCUAGCUAUGCACUUUGACAAAAUGGUUCGCCGGCAUAACCUGCAAAAAGUGUUGCAUCAGACUAGGGCUCUGUACGCAGAGUAUCUACGUCUUGCAUGGGAAGAACAUGUGUGAUUUUUAUUAUUGCAGGAGCUUUAUACCCGGUGAUGAGUCUGCCAUGACACAUUUAGUCUGUGAUAGUGAGUACAUAUUGCAGUCGUGCCUUGUUAUUGAUAUUAUUCAGUAGUGAACAUUGCUUUAGACACUAGGCAUUUCUCAUUUAUUUUUCUGUCACAGACAUGCACACAUGUAGACACAUACAUAAGUGGACAAGGCACAAACAUGCACUUCGUAUGCAUGUAUUUGCCUAAGAAUUGUUGGCUUAACGACCCCAUUCUUUUCUCUAAAGAAAUCUGAAGCUUAGGACGCCAUAGUAGCAAGAUAGUAGCUGUAAUUAUUCAACAGCAAGUACACAUUUUCUCAAAGGUAACGAUUACAAUGCUUACUAUAGUUUGGUGCUUAGUAUAAAUAAAACACUCUUACUGAAUUUCUUUUCUGUUGCAUAAUCAACUUUAUGGCAGGUCCAGUAAUGUUGCAGCCCUUGAGUAACUUUAAACUGUACUUUGAACUCUUUCAAUAUGGCCGCAAGAACUGUAACAUGCUUCAUGUUCGUGCAUAUUGUGAAUAUUUUUAUUUAAACAGUAGUUUACACUGUAACAGCAUUUUUCAACAAAUGGGUUGUUAUUUUACAUGAUGAUUCAUUAAUAGUGACCUAAACAGUAACAAGACACGACUGUACUUUCAUAACUAUGGUUUGAUUUAAUGGGAAGCAGGACCUCUGCCUGUCCAGGCAUUUACCUCAUCUCAUUUUGGACUUUUUUCUCAGAAGUGUCAAGUCAUUGUAUUUGAAUUGGCGUAUUACGUUGUCUUGUGCUUUAUUGCAGCACCAACAUUUCAUAUUUUUUUUAAAACACAACGCAAGGCACUGAGACAAGCAAAAAACAGGCUGGCUAUUUCAUGCCAAUGAAAUAUGUGACAAUGUAACCGUAGUAUUCACAAUUUGCCGUCUUUCUUCUGUUCAGGUGCACGUCAAUAAUUUAUUUGGAUAAUUUUUUCUCAACGAAUAUCUUAAAACGUUAAGAAACAAUGAGCUAAUUACGGCAACACGAGUAUGCUCGUUAUGACCUUAGCUUGUAUUAGCGCGGUACAUAUAAAAAUAUAAAGGAAAAGAUGAAACAGACAUCAAGAAAGGCAGGCGUCAGACUUCCUACUGUUUAUUUCAUGGCCUUCACACCAUUUUUAUGCAUGUAUAAGAUGGGUGAGUAGGGCAUGAAAUAAGCAGUUCGAUGUCCAGCGCCUACCUGUCUUGAUGUCUGUUUUGUGGUUUGCCUCUGUCUUUCACAUGUGCCAUGCUAAUACAAGCUAAGGUCAUAAAGAACAUACUCGUGUUACUGUAAUUAGCACAUUGUUUUUGAAGCCUUAAAGUACAGCAAAGAAAAAGUCAUGCAAAUAAAUUAUUAACGUGCAACUGUGCAGAAGCAAGACUAUGAAAUGCGAAUACUACUGCUACGUGUUUGACAAGAUUAUGUGUUGUGUUUUUACGCAUGUAUAAGAUGGGUGUGAAGGACAUGAAAUAAAAAUUCGGAUGAUGAUGAUCUAUAGCGUUUCCUGGCGCAAGGUUCAUGUGAUGGCCAAAGAACGCCAGUACAUGUGGCAGAAGGUAUUGACAAUGGGUAUGCUAACCGGCUGUA